AUGAUCCCCGAAUGUCCGCGGAACGGGGACCCGAGGAGCCGGACCCGCGGGCAGCACCGCCCGGCCGGGGCGGCGUGCGGCUUGUUGUCCGACAUCCAGACCGCCAUCAGCAGCGACCCGUUCACCGACCACUACACCCUCAUCCCCGGGAAGGAACUCGGAAGGUAGAACCCGCUGGGUGGGAAGUUCGCUGUGGUCAGGAAGUGCGUGGAGAGGACCUCGGGCCACGAGUACGCCGCCAAGUUCAUGAGGAAGAGGCGGAAAGGCCAAGACUGCCGGAGCGAGGUCAUCCACGAGAUUGCGGUGCUGGAGCUCGCCACGGCCAGCCGCCGCGUGGUGGACCUGCACCAGGUCUACGAGACGGCCUCUGAGAUGGUGCUGGUGCUGGAGUUGCUUCUGGAGAAAGACUCAGCCGUCAGAAUUAGAGGCUCCCCUCAGAUGAUGGAGGCCAUCUCCAAGCGCUUCAGGUUCGAGGAGCCGUUCGGCGGCCUGCAGGAGGUCCCGCUGGAGUUCCUCUGCUGA